AUGCCUCCAGCUCUCCGCUCAAGACAGAAAUCAUGCAUUGCGUGUGCCGAGGGCAAGCGGCGUUGCAAUCGUCAAACUCCGCAAUGCUCCCGAUGCCUUAAUCGCGGGGUUCAAUGUCAAUACGUCAACAAGGCGGUCCCAGCCAACGAACCCCAAAUAAUUACCAACCACACAGGAUCGGAGUCUCUUAGCUUCAUUUUUGACUAUGACGAAACAACACUAUCUUCUGAUGCAUUAAAUCCAUCGUUGUUUGAAAGCGAGAGCUCCGACUCGUGGCUCACCAUCAGCCCUACCCUGCUAACACUUCCAACCUUACGGCCUUUCCGCUCAUGCCCUGAAGUUAUCGUCUUGGACAAUUGGUCUAUGAGAGAGCUUCUACGCAGCAUCAGGAGCUUUCCUCAGAUGUUUGCUCAGCAUCGACGAACUCCGUUUAUCCAUGCUCGUCUGUAUGACUCAUAUCUCCCUGAUGCCAUCCAAGAUGCCUUCACUGCAUCAGCAUCAUAUUGUACAAAGACGCCAGAAACGGAAAAUAUGAUAUUACGGAUAGUGGAGUCAAAAGCCGAUAGAUUAAUGCAAAGAGACCUCCAACUUGACUCUUUGCAAGAUCUACUCGCCGCAACACAAGCACUGAUGCUUUUCCUGAUUAUUCAGCUUUUUGACGGUGAUAUCAGACAGCGGUCAAUUGCAGAACAGAAUCUUCCUACACUGAGUACAUGGACGAUGCAAUUACAUGUCCGUAUAGAUGAACUAGAGCCAAGCACAACAUGGCCGGAAUGGAUCUUUGUGGAAAGUAUUCGAAGAACUGUCAUUCUUUCGGCUAUUGUUGGAAAUUUCUACUCUGCUCUUAAGGUUGGAUACUGCACUGAAGUUCCUCUCAUGAGUAUGCUUCCAUUCACAGCAGCAGCUGAACUGUGGGAUGCAAGUUCAUAUGCGUCGUGGCUGAGUGAAUCACAUCGAGCGGAAUCGGAUAUUGUUGUAUAUGGAUCGUUUUCAAAUGCUUGGGAAAAUGGAUGUGUCUCUGGACGCUUGGAUCCGUUUCAAAAGCUUCUGCUUACUCCUUGUUUGGGUGAGAGGUUUAAGGAGGCACUUGAACAAGCCCAUUAG